AUGGCUGAUAAGUUCCCCGAGUUAGAUUCAUCUGUCAAGAACGGUGGCGGCGAUUUCGGCGAAAACUCGGAUUUCUUAUCCCGUGAGAAGGAAUUAUUGGGUGAUGAAUUUGCUACUGACCAGGAUAAGAAAGUGUUAGAGGACGAAAGCGACGAAGAGAUUAGCGAAUUCAAGGAACAAUUCCCUGAAGUUGAAGGGAGCGGCGAGCCCCAGAAGCCAACUUAUGACCACCAGGACGAGGGUAAUAGCGAUAAUGAUGACUUUGAAGGAUUCUCUUCUGCAACUACAAAAGAUUAUGAUUUGUCCCAAUCGCAACCAAUUAAGGAAUGGAAGGAACGUAGAGACUUGGAAAUCAAUGAGCGUGAAAAGGUGAAUAAGCAGAAAAAACAAGAUAUCUUAACUAAAGCUCAACAAACAAUUGAUGAUUUUUACGAAAACUAUAAUCUGAAAAAGGAUCAACAAUUCAAAACUGUUGCUAAAGAUCAAGAGGAGUUUUUGACUAAAAGAGAUGGGUUCUUGAAAAACGGUACUUUAUGGGAUAGAGUUAACGAGUUGAUUGAUAAUGUUGGAGAGUUAUCCAAGAAUGACGUUGAUGAAGCAACAAGUCUGAGGGACAAGACUAAGUUUAAAGAAAUUUUGAAGAAAUUAAAGGGCAAGACCAAUGUUCCUGGUGCCGGAGGGUAUCAAGAAUAA